AUGGGUUUUUACUUUUUUAUUGCAGACGAUGUCGGUCAAAGUCAGGCCGCUUCAAGCGAUGCCGAUGCGGGGACAGACGAUAUCGAGUACGCCAGCCGUGCUGUCGCCAGGGCUGUGGCUCGAAAAAACGGCGCUCGCGCUCAUGCCGGCGUCGAGGACGCUACAACUGGAGAUGUCGCUCAAGGUCGGGAAGGUUUAAAAUUUGCAGACGCUGCGAUCGGAGGUACCGUCUAA